CACAGGAAACACAGAGACGUUCCUGCUCCCUCCUUUCACUUUCACUGCCCUGCAGAACACUCUCCACCCGCCUUCGCUGGCCUGAGGUAGGGGGUGUAUGUGGGUGAGAUAAACCAGUGGUUCUCAGCCAGGGAUACAUGUGUCCCGGGGGUACGCAGGGGUCUUCCAGCUUGGACAUCAACUCAUCUAGAGAUUUGCCUAGUUUUACAACAAGCCACGUAAACAGCACGAGCGAAGUCAGCACAAACUCAAAUUUCAUACAGACACUGACAGGUUUAUACUGCUCUAUAGAUGAUAAACUGAAACCGUGGGGCAAAGUCCCUGGAUACAGAGCGGCUCUUCUCCCACGAGUCCAGGAAGCCUCUUCUGCUCCCGACCGUGGAAUCUCCGGGGACUCGGGCUCCAGGGAUCUGCUCCCAACACUCCUGCAAUGGCAGCAGGUCGUCCUGAGCAGAGAGCGCCCAACGGGCCGGCUGUGACCCCGCAGCGCUGCACCCCCGCUGGAGUGCCUGGGCCGCGCGGCCCCAUGGCCCCGUACCGCAUCCGGCAGUACGAGGAUGGUGACUAUGAGGCAGUGCGCACCAUGUUCGGCCAUGGGAUUAUGGAGUACGCUCCUGCUGCCUACAUCCACGUGCUGAAGUGUCUCCAGACCCAGUUGCUCUUCCUGGGCCUGUUCCUCGCGGUGUUCGCAGCCUCCGGGUCCCUCCUGGUCUCCCUCCUGGCUCUCCUGCUCACUCUCAUCGGGGGCUGGUUUUACAUCCGGUCUCUCUGGACCGAGUACGUCCAGCAGUCUCUUCGCAACGACCUACUGGACAUCCGGAGAACCUACCUGGAGGCAGCAGACUCUUGUUUCUGGGUGGCAGAGGCUGAGGGGGUGGUGGUGGGCAUGGUGGGGGCCGUCCUGCCGGAGGACCCCUCGGAAAGGGGGCGCGCCCUGGAACUGAAGCGCAUGUCCGUGGGGAGGGAGCACCGGGGCCGGGGCAUUGGCAGGGCGCUCUGCAGGACGGUCAUCCGCUUCGCCCAGGAACGCGGGUACAGUGCGGUCGUGCUGUCCACCUCCAUGGUUCAGUACUCGGCCCAGCAGCUAUACGAGAGCUUGGGCUUCCGGAGGGUCUUGGAGAGGUUCCCAUCCCGCCUCGCCAGCUUCCUGCAGUUCUCCGUGUUCUGUUACCGAUACGAGAUUCCAGGAUCUCGCUGAAGGCUCAGGGGUGGCGAUUCUUCACCUGCCCACUCAGCCGCUGGGAGCUUUGCCUGGCUUGUUAAUUAACUCCCAGCAAGUUGCUACUUUUUGCCUUUUUGGUUAAAAAAUAAACUGCGCUUGGAGGAAAAGUCUUGCUCGCAUGACACUGUUCUGAUGCUGGCUUGGGAUUAUUGUUCCUCCAGGGCCAGGGGCUCCCCCUUCCCCACAGCCACCUGGGUCCCCUGGAUCUGACCUUCACCCCUGGAGCUGAGCCGGCCAGGAUCAGACUCACCCCCAUUUGCUCAGUGGUUCCUAGAUGAUCCCUGACCCCUAAAGAACCAGGCGACCCUGGCAAGGAAACCUCCAUGAAGGUUCAUUUGAAUUUUCACCCACUCUCCUUUGACAGGUUCGUGUCUCAUUCCUGUCAUCCACAGAAAUGUCCAGUCCUUGGAUCUUGCCAGUUUCUUCACCCCCCCGCACAACAUCCAGUAGCAGUGAGUUCCACAGGCUGGCUCUGUGUUGUGUGGAAAGGCAAUUCCUUUGCUAGGUUUACAGUCUCCCAGCGUUCACUGUUGCUGGCUGUCCCCUUGUCGGUGUAUCCUGGGACAAGGAGAACAGAUGCGCUGGAUCUUCAUGGGAGAGUUUUUUCCAGGCCCUUGUUCGUCCCCGUUGCCCUCCUCUGAACCCGCUAGUUCUGCAAUGUCCUUUCGGAGCCGGACCGUAUCCGGAUCGACCUUCUCUUUGCUGCCCCGUGUGGGCCGGGCACGUGGCAGCCCUGGGUGCACGUGCUCACUUGCUCUCGCUCCUCGCAGCCCAGAGUACUCGGCACCUCCCCGACAGCCCCGCUCGCUCACCCGUUUCCAGGCAGCGCGAGGUGUCUCGAUUGCAGCAGCAGCAGCCCUGGCAGGAGACAAGCGAGGGUGCAAAUGCCCGGCUUGGCCGGAGCACACAGCUCAGUCUGGGGGGUCGUGUCCUCGGUGCUAAGGGCACAGCUGGGCAGCUGGUUCCCAGGGCCGUCGACGGAGACGUGGUAGCUCUGAUUUGAGCUGCUGGGCUAAAAGUAGCCGUGUGCCUGCCGGAGCUCAGGCUAGCUGGCUGGGUACGUAGCCAGGGGAGGGCAGCUGGGACUGGACGUGGGCGGCUGGCUGGAGCUACGGGUCUCCCAGAGCGGUGUGACCCCAAGGGCCUUGUGUGCCAGCACCAUGCAGCGCCCCCAGAACCCCGGCCCCACCCCGCACAGGGGCUGGGAGAUGCCAAUCCAUUGGGGUCCUUGGCUGGGUGGUUCCGCCCAGGGGGAAAGCC